AUGUCUUCAUUCCCAUACAUUCAUAUCUCAUGCCCGUGCCAUGAAGACCGUCCUCAAACCCUCACAAUCGAUAGCGCCCGGCCGAUAUCCCCCUCCAAAUCCCCCUCCAAACGCGACUUCAACUUCUCACCCAUAGCUCCUAACUCACCCACCAAAGGGCGCAGCCUUCUAGCGGGAUUCACUCCAUCCGUAUCAUUCGAUGCUGGAAACUUGAAUCUCGACUCAGAUGAUGAAGAAGAACUCACCGACGAAGACGAUGACAAUAACUUCGACCCACGCGACCCACGGUCUGCAUUCUCGCUAUUCCCUAUCGAGAAUUUAUUAUACUGCGAAGAUUGUCAUCAGAUAAGAUGUCCUAGAUGUGUACAGGAUGAAAUCGUGUGUUGGUACUGUCCCAGCUGUCUCUUCGAGGUACCUAGUUCGACCGUCAAAAGUGAUGGAAAUCGAUGCACAAGGAACUGCUAUUUAUGCCCAGUAUGCACUGCCUUACUUGCCGUCGUGCCGGUACACCAUUCAUCCGGACAUUCGAGUUCAGACCACCCAACCGGUCCAUUCAAUCUCUUCUGUUCUCACUGUCACUGGACGACAUCAGACCUCACACCACCAAUCCAACUCGAAAAACCUACUUCGAUCUCCGCCCAACUUUCAAAACUCACACAUUCACCACGGGAUAACGAGUUCAUCCGGUUAAAACAGCACUAUGCCCAACAACUUGGUAAUGCGCAAGAGGAUUUUACUAAUUCCCCGGCUGCGUUAACGAGGCUGAUGGGUCUAUACACGGGUCUUGGAAGUGGCAGUGGAGGCCAUGGCGGGAGUAGGAAAGGAAGAGGUGUGAAGAAACUAGAGAUGAAGGAAGUUGACAGGCCGAGGGAGGUUAGUGAAGAUCAGGAGUUAGAUAUUAUAGAGCGUAUGGCGGUAGAAGGAUUAGAAGCUAGUAAGUGCAUAGUUGCUCUGGCCACUCAUGGUAGGAAGAAGGCUGACGGAUAUGGAAAAGCAACAACUGCAAAACAGCGACUAGCCCAACCUCACGAUCCACGGUUCUUAUCGGACUUAACCCCCACUGCCGUUCUCCUCCGCACCAAGCGCUCAAAACGCUGCCGUGCUUGCCGCCAUAUUCUCGUCAAACCGGAAGCCAAAGUCCAAACCACACGUUUCAGAAUCCGCUUAGUAGCAUUAAACUACAUCCCAUCCCUAACCAUCAAACGUCUCGACUCCUCGAUAACCUGGGACAACCUCACCCCCCACAAAACCCACAGAUUCCUACUAACUGUCACAAACCCUUUAUUCGACCCCAUCAGCGUUAGUUUACUAACCCCAAGAAGAACCCCCGGAACCGCAUUCGCAAGUCGAGUUACGAUUUUAUGCCCAGAAUUCGAUGUCGGUGCUAACACAGACGUUUGGGACGAUGCAUUGAUGAGUACCAAACCCGCUAGUGCCGUUCCGUCUGGUGUGAAAACACCACCUACUACCGGAUCUUUCACUUCCUUUUCGAAGGAUCCCAAAAUGUCGACUGUUUAUGAACAAAAACGGAAUUAUACGAGUGUGGUGAUUGAGGUUGUUCCACCGGAGAUUCCGGAUACCAGGGAUACGAGGAUACGCGAUGAGAGAUUGUUGGAGAUUCCGAUUUACGUUAGAGUUGAGUUUGAAGCCGAGGUUGAUCGGGAUGAUGAGGAAGGAGGUGGAGGGAAACCGAGCCAUUCGGGAGCGUCGGGUGGAGCAGUGCAGAGGGAAAGGGUGGAGUAUAGUUAUUGGUGUGUGGUCGGUGUCGGAAGGGUUGGAGAUGUAGUGGAAGGGGUGGUGGCGAGUGAGCCUAAUACACCGGUUAGGACGCCAGUGGGGACACCCGUGAAGGCACCGAGGACGCCAGCGGCGAUGAGAACGCCGUUGAGGCAGGUUAGGUCGUAA